UAUUAGCGAAGCCAAUUGAGAGCUUUUUAACCUUCAGAAGAAGACACACAGACGAAACAAAAAGAGAAAAAAAAAUGCAAACUCAACUGUAUUUGAUAACGGUUGUCGUAUUAGCAUCAUUUCUCGUACAUCCUCGAGUUUGUUCUCCAACCUGUAGUUUCCCGGCGAUCUUCAACUUCGGCGACUCUAAUUCCGACACAGGAGGUCUCUCAGCCGCCUUCGGACAAGCACCUUACCCUAAUGGAGAAACCUUCUUCCACACCCCUUCCGGUCGGUUCUCAGAUGGUCGACUCAUCGUUGACUUCAUAGCGGAGGAGUUAAGGUUGCCAUACCUAAACGCUUUCCUAGACUCCAUCGGUUCAAACUUCAGCCAUGGUGCGAAUUUCGCCACCGCCGGAUCCACCGUCCGUCCACCAAACACCACCAUUUCUCAGAGCGGUGCCAGUCCAAUCUCUCUCGACGUUCAGUUGGUUCAGUUCUCCGAUUUCCUCACUCGUUCACAACUCAUUCGCACUCGAGGUGGCGUAUUUGAAUAUUUACUUCCGAGGAAAGAUUAUUUCUCUCAAGCAUUGUACACAUUCGACAUUGGUCAGAACGAUCUCACUACUGGAUUGAAACUCAACAUGACAACAGAUCAAAUCAAGGCUUACAUUCCAGAUGUUCUCGAUCAGCUGUCCAAUGCCAUUCGUAAGGUGUAUAAGAAUGGAGGAAGAAGAUUUUGGAUACAUAACACUGCUCCAAUUGGCUGUUUACCUUAUGUCUUGGACCGGUGGCCUGUACCGGCUUCUCAGAUCGAUAAGCACGGUUGUGCAGUUCCGCGUAAUGAGAUUGCUAGGUAUUAUAACUCUGAGCUCGAAAAAAGAGUGGUUGGGUUAAGAAAAGAGCUGUCUAAAGCUGCAUUCACUUACGUUGAUGUCUACUCUAUCAAGCUUACUCUCAUCACUCAAGCCGAGAAACUUGGUUUUAAAAGUCCUUUGGUUGCUUGUUGCGGACAUGGUGGGAAGUAUAAUUUCGACAAACUCAUCAAAUGUGGAGUUAAAUAUAUGGUGAAUGGGAAAGAGACCGUGCUUGCAAAGUCUUGUGACGACGUGUCGUUGAGAGUUAACUGGGACGGCGUGCAUUUCACUGAAGCGGCAAACCGUUGGAUCUUUCAGCAGAUAAACGGCGGAGCGUUUUCGGAUCCUCCUCUUCCUCUUAAGUUUGCCUGCACCAGAUCAGUCAUGUGACCAGAGUGCCCUUUAAAUAUGGGGAUUAAUAAAGCUUUUUGAACUAUUUAUAUAUUAUAUGCUGUUUAAUAAAAAAGAUUGGUUGCUUGUUUUUCUUUGUUUUUUUUUGUCUGCAUCUACAAAAUUGGCUCAUGAAAAUGAAAUGGCAACUACAUAUCAUAUUUUA